UAGAUUUUACAUCCUGGACCCUCCUGAAAUCUACACAUCUAGAAAAACUCAAAAGGAAAACAAAAAAACUUUAGAGACGUUGGCAAGUUGAACAGAAAACAAAAUACCACCAUGAAGCUUACAGCGCUUUUGGCUACUCUCUUCUUCGCCUUGACGGCAGGAGCGCCAAAUGAAGAUCGCAUCUAUGGUGGAGCUCAAGCUACCGCUGCCGUUCCUUAUUUGGCUUCAAUCGUCGCGAACCAGCAACACAUUUGCGGAGGAUGGAUAUAUGAGAAAGACUGGAUAGUUACGGCUGCCAACUGCGUUUAUAAUUAUUUACCAAGUGAGCUCUCGGUCAUCGUCGGUCAAUAUUCGUUGAUUCAACCUGAUGUAGAGGAAGAAGUUAUUAACGUUUUCAAGAUUUACAUAUACAGCGGUUACAACAAUGCUACUCUGCUACAUGACAUUGCUAUGCUGCAGCUUGCAACCCCGAUGACAUUCGGUACCUACGUCAAUUACUUACCCUACGAAGAGGCGGAUGAAAUGUCUGGUGCUACUGGUACUUUUUCCGGAUGGGGUGGCACUCUGGAAGGCAAUUUACCUUCAACUAAACUUCGUACAAUGACCGUGGACUUCCCUGGUGACUGCUCUGGUUACACCCAGGAUGAAUACAGUCAAAAUUACAUGCUGUGCGCAGGAACUGCCGCUGCCACAAGCUCGCCUUGCCACUAUGACGAAGGAUCACCCUUGGUUCAAACUAUCGGUGGCGUUGAUUACGCUGUGGGUAUCAUGUCAAAGAAUAAGGGUUGCGGGGCCGCUGUUCCAUCAACAAUCUACACCCGCCUUACCGCCUAUUACGCUUGGUUCAAUGAAAUUGCUGGUCUCCAGCCCCCACCUGCAACCGGAAACAAAUAGUUAACUGAUUUUCAGCUUUCUUUUGUUGACAAAAAAAUGUUCAAUAUUCAUUUUAAACCUAGAAAAUACAUCAAAUAAAUUAAAAUCAUGAUAA